CGGCGUCGUCCGUAAACGUAGCAUACAAUCUGUCACGCGACGAUACGAGUUUCGUUUUAUUUUCUUUGUUUAAAAAAAGAAAAGAAAAGAAAAGAAGAAGAAUUAUAAAAAUUAUUGCGAGUUAACAACAAAACUUCUAACAAGUAUCUUUUCUUUCCACUUUUUGCAUCUCUCGAACGUAAAUCGAUCAUUCGAUUCGAUCAAACGAAUCAUUUUUUAUUUAUCUGUGAAGAAAGAAAAUGAUUUUAUUUUUUAUUUCCGAAGAAUCAUCGUUCGAUAUAAAUAAUUAUCAGUGGGUGUAAUAUGAAAUUUUAAGGUGUGCAUCAUCGAUUAUAUUCAAUGAUAAUGUGACGAUCGAAAACAUAUCGAUCAUUAUUUGAAUGUUGAAGAAUAUGCACGUUUAUACGUGCGAAAGUUGUCAAUAGAUGGAAAAGUUAGAACGAUUGAAAUUAUGACGUCAAAAGUUGAACAUUGGAGGAAUGGAAAUCAGUGAAUCACCGGACGAAGAGGACAUCGAAGGAUCCAUUGAAAAUAAUACGAAAGGGAUUUCAAGGUCAGAUUUUUUCGAGGUAAUCGAUUCGACGAUAAGAAGUGUCGUAUUCGAGGAUGUCGUCGGUUCGAAGGAAAAAGAGGAAGAGAAGGAGGAAGAGUACGAUGGGAGAAAUAUAUUUCUGAUGACCUUGAAGGGCGUCGUUAUCGUUGGAAUCAUUCUGACAGCACUUAUUGGCAAUGCCGUCGUUGUCGCUAGCGUUCGAAGGCAUAGAAAAUUACGUGUUCCGACCAAUCGAUACGUUGUCAGCCUUGCAGCAGCUGAUUUCUUAGUGGCUGUGUGUGCUAUGAGUUUCAAUGCGUCAGUCGAACUAUCUGGACAUUGGAUUUUUGGUAGGACAAUGUGCGACGUUUGGAACUCAAUGGACGUAUACUUUUCAACGGCAUCGAUAUUACAUCUUUGUUGUAUCAGUGUCGAUAGAUAUUAUGCUAUAGUUAGACCGCUUGAGUAUCCCGCUAUUAUGAGAAGAAUCACUGUCACGUGUAUGUUAGCCAGUGCUUGGAUUCUACCUGCUCUUAUCAGCUUCAUACCUAUAUUUAUGGGAUGGUAUACUACCGAUGAAAAUCUUAAAUAUCUUCGAGACAAUCCACAGGUAUGCAGGUUCACGGUGAAUCGGCUGUACGCUUUAAUAAGUUCCUCGAUCUCCUUCUGGAUCCCUGGUUUCGUGAUGAUCGUGAUGUAUUGCAAGAUUUACAAGGAGGCAGUCAGGCAAAGAGAAGCACUCAGUCGAGCAUCGAGCAAUACGAUUUUAAACAGUAUACAUUUACAUCGUAUGUCAACGUCGAGACAUCAUUCGAGAGCAUCUCAUCAGCUUUUGCUACCACCAAGCAAUGGCGUGGAAUUUGGAAGAGCACGAUCUUACGCAUCUGCUGCCGAAUUAAACCUUGAGAACGGUACCUCAAUGAGACAGCAAAGUAAAAGCUGGAGAGCCGAGCACAAAGCAGCGAGGACGCUUGGAAUUAUCAUGGGUGCAUUUCUUCUCUGCUGGUUGCCAUUUUUCCUUUGGUACCUAACGACGACACUUUGCGGAGAGGCCUGUUAUUGUCCGGACACCGUCGUAUCUGUUUUAUUCUGGAUAGGUUAUUUCAACAGUGCCCUGAAUCCGUUGAUCUACGCCUACUUCAACCGUGACUUUCGCGAGGCCUUCAAGGACACCUUGAAGAGCGCUCUACCCUGUUGCGCCGGAUGUUGGAAAACACCGUCUGAGUUCGUCUAGCGCGAGAGAUCAACAUAAACGGGGCUCAGAUACAUACAUAUAUAUAUAUAUUCAAAAUUUCUUCUUCUCGAUUUUUUCCUUCUUUAUUUUCUCUUUAUUUCAUUAUUUCUUUCUCCUCGUCUUUUCGAAUGUUCUUUGAUUAAAUAAAACGAACCAAUGAGGAAGAAUUAUAUUACAGAUCAGAAUUAAUGUCUUGCAAUAUGUGGCCACUGACACUUCGUUUAGUUGGAUAAAAAAAAAAAAAAAAAAGAAAAAAAGGAAAAGAAACAAUCGAUGUCAGAAUAUUUUAUCUGAUAUAUAAACUACGAUAAUAAAUGACAAUUAUUUUACAUUGUACAAUAUUUGUCUUGUUAAUAUUUAUGUACAUUAUUGUCUUUUCUUCUUUUUUUUUCUUUUUUUUUUUUUUUUUUUUUCUUUAAAGAUUAACUUCGUUAAAAAUCGAACGUGGAAAGGCAAUGAAAUAGGAGAAAGAUGAGAAAUAAAAUGAAUGAGAAAAUAAAUAAACAAAUAAGGAAACAUGAACGUUCUUUUAUUACAUUAUGAUCGACGAAGAAGAAGAGCCCCUGGACUUAUUGUUAGUGAUUUCUCGAUAUAAAGAAAAAAAAAUUAAAGUAAAACAGAACGAAAGCAAAUGAUGUGAUUUAUUGAUGCUUCCGGUUAAAAAAGAAGAUAAAUUCUACGGUUGGAUCAUCAAACACAGCAUAAGUCGUUGGAAAACGCGAGAGAGAGAGAGAGAGAGAGAGAUGGACAGAUAGGAAAGAGUGAAAAAAAGACCCGUAAACCCAAGUGAAUUUGAUUAAACUCUGUUGACUCUGUAAAUAAAUCGGGAAAAGACUGUAAUACGGUAUAAAAAGCGAGAGGUGCUAAUUAGACAUCGUUAACGAGGGCAAGCAAGGACAUGUUAAAGUGUGAUGGUUGCUUGGAAAAAAAAAAAAAAUAAAAAAUGAAAAAUAAAAAACAAAGAAAAUAAAAAUACAAAUAAAAAUGGAAAUAAAAAA